AUGUCGAGCAGGCUAGAACCCGAGUACUUUGAAGAAGCGCUUGCAUACGUUGAUCAUCAAGGCCCUAGAGCUCAGCGGAAGAAAGAGAUCAUUAGCCCAACCUCAACCUCAUCUGUCGAAGCGAAAAGUAACGUCCGGCCGUUUGCCCGUUCUGAAACGCACGGCAGCGUUGUUGACGGCGAGUUCUUUCGGGUCGCUCAACUCUGGUGCUUGAUAUUCGGGGAUCGAAACCAGGGCAAGAAAUCUCAGGUUACCGAUGGAGGUAUCAGAUUGUGGCUUAUGCCAACUGAAAAGCUGAUCAUGCUCGAACCUCAUCUCGGCAUUCCAUACUGUCAACGUACACCUGCUGAUCAAAUUAGGGACAAGUCCUUGGACGAAGGUGCAUUGUUCCUAUCUUCUGACAAAGAAGCAGACCAGCAAUCUCCGGAGUCCGACUCGAAUGGCUUACUGAGCGCAAGAUCUCAGGCGCAACGAACCCUCCAUCAAGCAUCCGCAACUGAAAUUGCAGACAAUGAGGCGUUUAUUCUUCAGUAUGACGGGCUAGGGGCGACCAGUGAAGUGCAUAUGGAUGAAUGCCAUGUUUUCACACUACUAGCAACAAUUUUUGUGGUUGCGCAACGUCCAACGAUUACCCUACCGACAAGACAAUUUGCAGCUGGGGAACAAUACAAAGUUAAUGAGUAG